AUGAUUACAAUUAUUCUCAACCACCCAGCUCUUGCCAUUCGUUUUCCACCCGGUCUCGAAGUUAUUAAGGGUGAAACUCGCCUAACAAAAAAUGUCCUUCAAAACAUGCAUUUGUUCCAUAUAGAUUACGAAACGCAAGUUGUUUAUUGGGCUAUUGAUAGCCGCGACUACCUUUGUAUUGAUCAUCAAAAUUCCCAACUUCUUAGUUUGUCCAAUCCCAUACACAAUACUGUUUGGCGCCUUAGUUCCAAUUUAGGUGUCCCGAUGCCCGAGCCUGAUUCUGAUAAUGAGCCUAUUCCUUAUGUUGCUGCGCCAGUACAACAAGAGCCCAUCACGCAUCCUCAUCAUGACAUGUAUAUGCAAGAAUUUCAUAGGUUGCAUGAAGACAAUAGGCGUUUGCAUCGUGACUAUUCUGAACUUUAUGACAAUGUUUGUGAGAUAAAUACUAAGAUGGUGGAGUAUAGAGAAGACUUCUACACCUUUAGAGACAAUCAACAAGCACGCAACCAACAUGUGGAUUCCCUUGUGACCGACAUGCAUAGGGUACUCUGUUUAGGUGGUCAACCCACACGACCACCUUAUUGCCCUCAAUAUCCACACUACCCUCCACCGUACAAUCCACAAUUACCACAACAAUAUCCUCCGCCAUUUCCACCUCAAAAUCAUCCUCAGUAA